AUGGAAACUACCUCUGAACAGUUACGUGAUAAUCAACGGCACAGACGCAGAACAUCUUCAAAUGAGGACUAUAACCCUUUCCAAUUGGCCGAGGAUUACUAUGGUCCAAAGACUGACCCUGCAAGGGCGCCAGCGGGAUCCAGAAUGGCGAGAACGAGAACCAAGUCUGUGAUGAACAACAUGUCCAAUAUCAACACUUUCAGAGACAGUGUGAGGGACUCGAUCAAGAGACGUGGAUCACAGGAUGAAACAGGACUGCAAGGUGGAGCCAGAGGACGCCGUUUCUUCAUCUCGGAUAUCGAUGCUACUCUAAGUGAGUUGCUGCGUAAUGAGGAUACCGAUAACAACUGUCAAAUCACCAUUGAAGAUACAGGACCAAAGGUCCUUAAGUUGGGCACUGUUAACUCUAACGGGUUCAACCAGAAAGACAUUAGAGGCACGUAUAUGCUUUCAAACUUAUUGCAAGAGUUGACUAUUGCGAAGAGAUUUGGCAGAAACCAAAUGUUCCUAGAUGAGGCAAGACUUAACGAGAACCCCGUUGAUAGAUUGACACGUUUGAUCUCUACCCAGUUUUGGAAAUCAUUAACACGCCGCAUUGAUGAUAAGUCGAUUGCAGUGUUUGCUAAGGAUACAAAGAUCCCCUCGAACCCAAGGGUUUACAUCCCUUAUGAUUGCCCUGAUCAGUUUGAGUAUUACACCCAAGCCGCUAAGGCACAACCAGAUUUAAAUCUGGACGUUGAAUAUCUACCAAAGGAUAUCACGCCGGAGUAUGUUCAAUCAAUCAAUACACGCCCAGGCUUGCUUGCACUGGCAAUGGAACACCACUAUGACCCUGAAACAGGUGAAGAUAAGGUUGCUUCGUUUCCGUAUGUUGUUCCAGGUGGUCGAUUCAACGAGCUGUACGGAUGGGACUCGUAUAUGGAGUCAUUGGGGCUGAUCAUUAACGGUAAAGUGGAUCUGGCUAGAGGUAUGGUUGAGCAUUUUAUAUUUGAGAUUGAACACUAUGGAAAAAUACUCAAUGCAAACAGAUCCUACUAUCUCACACGCUCUCAACCACCGUUCCUAACCGAUAUGUCCAUCCGAGUGUUUGAGGCAAUGGGUGGCCAAAAGAAUCCUGAGGCUUUUGACCUCUUGAGUAGAGCACUUCGUGCUGCUAUCAAGGAAUACAAGACUGUGUGGACCGCUGAACCAAGACUUGACAUUGAAACAGGGUUGUCUUGUUAUCACCCUUCAGGUUGUGGUGUCCCACCGGAGACAGAAGCUACUCAUUUUGACUCCAUUUUGGGACCUUAUGCAUUGAAACAUGGUAUAUCUAUAAAGGAAUUUAUGGAGAAGUACAACAGCGGUGAAGUGAAGGAACCAGCCUUGGACGAUUACUUUACACAUGAUAGGGCUGUGAGAGAAAGUGGACACGAUACGUCUUAUCGAUUGGAAGGUAUCUGUGCUAAUCUCGCCACUGUGGACUUGAACUCUUUGCUAUACAAGUACGAAGUUGACAUUGCCCACCUGAUCAAGACUUAUUUCAACGAUAAGUUCAGCUCUAGAAAUAACAUUGUGGAAUCUUCGCACGAAUGGGAAGAAAGGGCAAAAUUAAGAAGGGAGCGUAUUGACAAGUAUUUAUGGAACGAGGAGAAAGGAAUGUAUUUUGACUAUAACGUUAAGUUGAGAUUGCAAACAAAUUACGAGUCAGCAACUACUUUUUGGGCAUUGUGGGCAGGCUGUUCCAGCAAAGAACAGGCAACCAGACUGGUGAAGGCUUUAGCGCUAUUUGAAGAGCUGGGAGGUAUUGUAUCCGGUACUGAAAAGUCUCGUGGUGAGAUAUCAUUGGAUAGACCUUCAAGACAGUGGGAUUAUCCAUUUGGUUGGGCUCCACAGCAAAUUCUUGCAUGGGCAGGGUUUAAACAAUAUGGGUAUGAGAAUGUAGCAAGAAGAAUUGCUUACCGUUGGUUGUAUCUGAUGACGAAGGCAUUUGUUGACUACAAUGGUAUAGUUGUGGAAAAGUACAACGUUACAAGGGCCACAGAUCCCCAUAGGGUUGAGGCUGAGUAUGGUAACCAAGGUGCUGAUUUCAAAGGUGUCGCAACUGAAGGGUUUGGCUGGGUCAAUGCCAGUUAUAUCGUUGGAUUGACAUACCUUGAUAGCCACGCAAGAAGGGCACUUGGUACCUGUACGCCACCUGAUACUUUCUUCCGCAGCAUUCGGUUCGGCGAGCGUGAAAGCUAUGCCCUUGAUGAGUACGAGGAUAACAAGAACGAGAUGAAGGCACACUUCUCAGUUUGA